ACCCAACUUAUGUAUUAUGACUCCUAUGACGAAGCUAUAACAUUGAUGCAGCCACUUCAGGGCAACCCUGAUGUGUACUAUAUAAGCUGCUCUUGCUGGAAAGCACCUUAAAUCCAGUGUAGCACUCGAACACUGUGCCUUCUACCCCUAGCCGUCUAGGCUACGAUGCCUCCUUCGGCUUAUGUGAAAAUAUAGCAAGUACACUCUGUAGUGUGCGGAAACUGUGGAAGGCAUACAUUCAGUGGUCUUCGCGGCUGGGAAGGCGCUUCUUAUCUGGAUGUAAUUGAGAAACAUAUGAGUUCGCUUCUUAUAUUGUUUACAUUGCCUCUUCUUGUUCUUCUCUUCCACGGCCUACGAUUAUCAAAUUUAUCAUCAUCAUCAUCAUCAUCCACCAAUAGAAGACAUGCACUUAAGUCACUAUGGGGUACAUUGAAAAAGUCAUGUAUUCGAUGCGUGUGACCUACUCUCGGUGGCGGGUACGCUGUUUCCGUCGGAGAAACCAAGCUGUCAUCAAUAAUACAGUUGGCCAAAACCACCCAGCUAACGCUGAAGGUCUAAACCUAAGACAAUGGGACUCACUGGAAGGAAAACAAUAUGUAGACGCUGCUUAUUUCAACCCCUUUCAGACUGAAAGCUUUCAGUCUGAAAGGAUCACUAGAGCUCUGGCAAAGGCUCAAGAUGAUAAGUUGCUGUUGCCUAACUCAGAACUUGCUUCCCCUCCAAAAGCAGAGUUAAAUCCCAUCAUCGCCACUAUGAAUGGUACUGUUUAUAACUCAGAUCAUUCUCCAGAAAUGAUCAUAGCCCUAGCAAUGGCCGGCAUUACACAUUGGGAUGACUCAGCACUCACUCCAGCUCCAAAAGCAGGCUCAGAUCCGAAUCCAGAACCAGGCGUAGGAGAACAAGCACCGGGAUCGAUACAUUCAUCUGGAGCAAUAAAGUCCAAGCUAAAUCCUAGGGUGCCUUGUUUCCAACCUCGCAAUUAUGUUCAGCCUCAAAGUGCUUGUACGUAUCAACACACGGAUACUUUAUCUCGAUCAAUGAUUAUUGUCGGAGAUGGUCUAUAUGGACCUAUUAGCAAAGCAACUGUCCCAGCUAUAUCAACUCGCUCAGAAUCCCGCUUCUUCCCUAAAAUCGGUCACGCAUGUCUUAGGCACCAGGAUACGUCGACUGCCUCGGCUAACUCAGAACAUCGUACGGCCUCCAAAGAUAGCCUCCCGCCUCGUGUACAUGGAACUCGACGAAGUGAGCCAACUUACAAGGGGAAAAGGAUGACCCCUAAAGUCAAACUGCUACCUCGUGUAAAUGGAGAUUGCCCAAGUGAACCAACUUAUACGGAAGCCGCGUUGACUGCAUCAACUACCUGGGAGUAUCGUGUGGUCCUCGAGGAUAGCCUUCCGCCUCAUGUAAAUGGAAUUGCCCAAGUGAACCAUUUUACGAGGAAGAACUGGCGGCCCCUAAGGUCAAAGUUCCACCUCCUUCAGUGACAUUUUCCUCAAGCGAUUCAACCAAUAACGAACAUCCCGGAGCCCCGGUGUCAGAAUUUACACCUCGCCAACGGGCUGUGUACCGCAAGGCUAUCGGCGGCCCGACGAAGGUGAUCGAUUCCGGACGUACUGUUGCCUACGGAGGAGAAUACCGCCCGAGGAGAUGCCCGAGGAGACGCCUGCGUUAGAUUGGUCCCAACUUACGUGUCCGAAGAUGGCCGUCCUACCCUCCUGAUUGAGGGCGUGUUUAGUAUUUUACUG